AUGGCCAUGACAAUAAGAUUUGUGGCCAAAGCUGUCAUUCUCUUGGGCUUGGCUUUAAUCUCAUGCAAUGCUCAGGGCGACCCGCUGCGUGACGAUCUCCGUCGUCUCCUUGCUGACACUGGAGCUACAGUUUUUGACGUUACAAAAUAUGGCGCCGUCGCUGAUGGCAAGACUGAUAAUGUUGAGGUCCUCAACGCUGCAUGCCAUUGGAGGGGAACGUCGACGGUUCUCAUCCCCGAGGGAAAGUUCUUGGUAGGGCAAGCAACGUUUGAAGGGCCAUGCAAUAGCCCCAACCCCAUAGUUUUUGAGGCUCGAGGAACCGUAUUGGCACAGCCUGAUUUGAGUGAGUACCCUUCUCCAGAAUGGUUGAUGUUUGAAGACGUGAAUCAAUUGAUACUUAAGGGCGGAGGAACCUUUGAUGGGCAAGGUGUGUUUGCAUGGAAGUAUAACGAUUGUCAUCAGAACGCCGACUGCCAGAUGCUUCCAACUAAUCUGAAAUUCAACAAGGUGAAUAACUCUGUGGUUCAGGAUAUCACCUCCCUCGAUAGCAAAUCAUUCCACUACUUUAUCACCAAUUCCUAUAACUUUACUGCUUUCAAUCUCACUAUUACUGCCCCUGGAAACAGUCCAAACACUGACGGCAUGCAUCUAAGCCGUUGUGAUCUGGUGAAUCUAUCGAACUUCACCAUUAAAACUGGCGAUGAUUGCAUCUCAGUCGGACAAGGGAGCACCAAUAUUAACAUUACAAACGUGUAUUGUGGCCCGGGACAUGGCCUCAGUAUUGGGAGCCUUGGAAAGUACCCAAAUGAAAAGGAUGUGGUAGGGAUUCAUGUGACUAACUGCACAUUGAAUGGCACAACAAAUGGCGCAAGGAUCAAAACCUGGCCUGGAUCACCUCCAAGUCAAGCUUCAUCCAUCAUCUUUCAAGACAUAGUUAUGAACAGUGUAAAAAACCCCAUCCUCAUAGAUCAGAAGUAUGGUUCACAUACAGGCAAGCCAUCUCGUGUGAAGGUCAGCGAUGUUCUUUACAAGAACCUAAGGGGGACAACGAUUUCAAAAGUAGCAGUGUCCUUGGUAUGCAGUGAACUGGUCCCUUGUAAUGGGCUUCAACUGGAGGAUAUCGAUUUCACCUACAACGGCCCGGCGACUUUCAAAGAGAACUUGCCCUUUUCAUCUACAUGUUUGCAUGCAAAUGCGUCCUAUGUCGGCAAGCAGAACCCACCAGCUUGCGCUUAG